UCCCCAUCUCCAUCCCCGUUUCUUCCAUUCAUCUAAAUCACCAUAACUCCAUUCCUGCAACUAUGCCUACUUCUUCACUUUUUGUAGUUUCAAAAUGCAUAAUUUACCCAGAUCAUCAUCAAUCUCUUAAUAAUACCUUAAAACUCUCUGUUUCUGAUCUUCCUAUGCUUUCUUGUCAAUACAUUCAAAAGGGUGUUUUGUUAACUCAAUCUCCUUUUGAAUCUUCAAAUUCCCUUAUUUCACAUCUCAAAAUUGCACUUUCUAAGACCCUUUCCCAUUUCCCUCCACUCGCCGGCAGAUUAAUUACUGAUUCCGAUGGGUAUGUUUACAUCAUCUGUAACGACGCUGGAGUUGAUUUUGUACAUACGAAAGCACCCCAUCUCAUGAUUUCAACUCUUGUUCCACAAAAUCAAUCUGAUAUUCCCAUUUAUUUCAGAAAAUUCUUCCAAUUUGAUAAAACCCUUAGUUAUGCUGGCCAUGAUAAACCUUUAAUGGCGAUUCAGGUUACCGAGCUAAACGACGGCGUUUUCAUCGGCUGUACCAUGAAUCACGCCGUCGUUGAUGGAACUUCGUUCUGGAAUUUCUUCAAUACUUUUGCCGAAUUUUCAAAAGGGGAGAAGAAGAUUACUAGGCAGCCGUGUUUUAGUCGUAAAACGGUGUUUGAUUCACCGGCGGUGCUUAAGUUCCCGGAAGGUGGACCGUCGGCGACUUUCUCCGGCGACGAGCCGUUGCGUGAGAAGAUCUUCCAUUUUAGCCGAGAAGCUAUUUUGAAGCUCAAGCUCAGAGCUAACAAAACGGGAGUUAACGGUAAAACUAACGGAAAGAUAACGCCAGUUAAUGAUGAGCCGGGUUUGAAAAACGGCGCGGCUGUGAAGAAUUCGGCUUUGGAGAUUUCGUCUUUCCAGUCGCUGAGUGCUCAGCUGUGGAGAUCCGUGACGCGGGCUAGGAAAUUGGAAGGGAACAAAACGACAACGUUUAGGAUGGCGGUCAAUUGCCGACAUCGGUUGGAGCAACGGAUGGAUCCGCUCUAUUUUGGGAACGGGAUCCAAAGCAUCCCAACCAUUGCUUCGGUUAAGGAAUUGUUAUCUAACGACUUGUAUUGGAGUGCGAAUCAGCUACAUCAAAACGUAGUGGCGCACGGUGAUAUCACUGUUCGCCAAGGUGUAAAGGAUUGGGAAAGUAACCCUAGGUUAUUUCCUUUAGGAAAUUUUGAUGGGGCAAUGAUUACUAUGGGAAGUUCACCUAGGUUUCCAAUGUACGAUAAUGAUUUCGGGUGGGGCCGACCGGUCGCGGUCCGAAGUGGCAUGGCUAAUAAAUUUGACGGUAAGAUCUCCGCCUUCCCCGGACGAGAAGGAAAUGGAACCGUUGAUCUUGAAGUGGUUUUAGCACCCGAGACAAUGGCGGGACUCGAAGAGGACAUGGAAUUUAUGCAAUAUGUUUCUUAAUGGUGU